AUGUUUUUUUUCUAUUAUUAUUUCAAAUUGUUUCGAGGUCAGAGCUCUUUGAAAAAUAUUUUUAACCCGGAACCCAAAGAUUUCCUCAGUAAUUAUUUCCAUUUUAACCUAUCUAUCCUGUUCAUCUGUCUCUCUCUCUCUCUCUCUCUAUCUAUCUAUCUUGUUCUUAUCUCACUCUCUCACUCUAUCUGUCUAUGUAUCUAUCUGUCCUGUUCUUAUCUCACUCUCUCUGUCUCUGUCUCUCUCUCUCUAUCUAUCUAUCUAUCUAUCCUGUUUUUAUGUCAUUCUUUCUAUCUAUCUAUCUAUCUAUCUAUCUAUCUAUCUAUCUAUCUAUCUAUCUAUCUAUCUAUCUUGCUCUUAUCUUUCUUUCUCUCCCUUUCUCUAUCUUGUUCUUAUCUCUGUCUCUCUAACCUUUUCUUAUCUCACACACACUCUCUCUCUCUUUUUCUUUUAUAUCUAUCUAUCCUAUUUUUCUCUCUCUCUCUCUCUCUCUCUCUAUCUAUCUAUCUAUCUAUCUAUCUAUCUACCCUGUUCUUAUCUCACUAUCUCACUCUAUCUAUGUAUCUAUCGGUCCUGUUCUUAUCUCCCCCCCUCUCUCUCUCUCUAUCUAUCUUGUUCUUAUAUCUAUAUCUAUCAUGUUCUUAUCUCACUCUCUCGCUUUAUAUCUAUCUAUCUAUCUAUCUAUCUAUCUAUCUAUCUAUCUAUCUAUCUAUCUAUCCUUUUCUUAUCUCUCUCUCUCUCUCUCUCUAUCUAUCUAUCUACACAUCAAUGUAUGAAUAUUUUUUUCGUCGUAGAGUAAUAGGCUGUCUCUCCUCAUGA